CAAAACUUGACAUUCCAGCAGAUAAUAAGAAACCUACUGGUGAACUACAGUGUGCCCUGUGUGAUUACGUUGUGAAAUAUUUGGAUUCCAUGCUCACUCAGAAUGCCACUGUGGAGCAAAUUGAGGCAGCCUUGGAUAAGCUGUGUAGUCUGGCACCAACGUCAUUGAAAACUGAAUGUGAUGAAUUUGUUGCUGAGUACACCCCUGAUAUCCUGAAGCAUCUAAAGACUGUGUCACCAGAUCAAGUCUGUAGUUACAUGAGACUAUGUUCCAGUCAUGUGAAAGCUGCACCAAAGUCAUUGCUGUUUGCCUCAGAGAGUACUACAACCACCACACCUGCACCAUACGUAGAGUACUGCAGUGCUUGUAAAUUUGCUUUGUACGAUAUUCAGACCGCCUUGCGUUAUCCUUUCUGGCAGAAACAAUCCAAAGCCAUUUUGAGUUCCACGUGUGGCUAUCUGAAGACUGGUCAAGCUCUGUGCCAACAUAUUGUGGAAGAGAACUAUGCAUACAUACUAAACAUCCUAGAUGGCUUCAAUUUCCCCAUGGAGUUUUGUCAGAAGAUUGACUUUUGCGAGCCACCAGCACAAUUUGAAACAGAAACAAGUUGCUCAAGUUGCAAAUCUGUUGUAAAGAGGCUGAAAUUGCAGCCCCAUCAGGUGACAUCUACUGAAGAGAUGAAUGCACUUGCAGAAUCCACUUGCAAAAUGGCAUCUUCACAUGAAGCAUUUCAGUGCCAGACACUUGUGAAGCAGCACAUACCUCAGUUAGUGCAGCUCAUGGCAAAGUAUGAGGAUUCAGCUUCAGUCUGUGAGGCUGCUUCACUGUGCAAGAGUGCCUCCGUUAAAAUGUUGUACAAGGUAUUGCAGCCCUAA